AUGAGCGGCGAACCCUCAUUAUACGACAAGGGCAAAGAAGUCCGCAUCGCUGUGCUGGGAGAGGCACAUGUCCAGAGAUCACUUGCGGCGCGACAGAGCGAGUUCGCGAAACCUUUGCAGGACUUCACCACCGAGUUCUGCUGGGGCAAGGUCUGGGCUCGCCCCGAGCUCGAUCGCAGGUCGAGAAGCCUCGUCAAUCUCGGAUUCAUGAUUGCCUUGCACAGCUGGCAUGAGUUGUCUAUCCACACCAAAGGAGCAAUUCGGAACGGGGUGACGGAGGUCGAGAUCAGAGAGGUCGUUAUGCAGUCCAUGGUGUACUGCGGUGUGCCUGCCGGUGUGCAAGCUCUGAAAGUUUGCGAAACGGCUAUCAACGACAUGAUCGAGAGUGGAGAACAUCAGAGACAAUUAAAGGAGAAGGUGUGA